UAAUAUUCGGAUCACAUGAAAUACGCUGAUUCCUUCCAGGAAAAAAAAACUGAAUCAUAAGUGAGUUGUUCAUAUAAUACAGACUGGUUUCUCUCACUCUCUUUUUCUCUUUCUCUGGGUUUCUCUCAGUGACCCUCUUUGUCUCUUUGUAACAGAACAUCAAAUAAACUAUCUCCAGACAUCUUAGGUAUCAUCGAAUUCGACUGUUGUUCUUCUUCUUCUUCUUCUUUAAUUAUGCUUUAAUAAAGUCUCUAAAUUAGAUUUUCCUCUUUCUUUGUUUCGCCAUUAUCGUACGAGAAGGAUAUUAAAAAUGGUAAUGGCAAUCAAGGGUACGGAGAAGGUAGAAGAUGGACCUACUGGUUGAAUUUUGGCGGGGGCAGAAACGGUCUCUUUCAAUGAUUUUUAUGUCCAUUGGGGUUCCCCAGUUUCUUCUCACCAAUGACCCAUCUAAUUACUCUUUGCAACUUGCCACAAUCAAACCCUCCAUCCAUGAGAGAGAAUUUUUCUGUUUCAAAGUUUUGAUUUUUAGUGACUGUGAGAGAGAGAGAGAGAGAGAGAGAGAGAGAGAGAGAGAGAAGGACUCGAAGCAGCUAGAGAUAAUCUCAGAUUGUUGUUGUUGUUGUUGUCAAGAUUUUUAGUUUAGGUUUCCUAGAGGAGAUCACAGAUCUUCUUUUCAUAUGAAGAGAUCUUUCCUUCUCUUGUAUGUGCUCCUGGUACAUGCCUUCUAUGGUGCUUUGUGUAGUGUUGGAGGAAGCCUGCAUUGUGAAUAUUCCAAUUUAGCGAGUCUUCACCGGCCUCACAGCGUAUCGAUUACAGAGUUUGGAGCGGUUGGAGAUGGUGUUACUCUAAACACUAAAGCCUUUCAGAAUGCUUUGUUCUACCCCAAUUCUUUCUCUGAUAAAGGCGGUGCCAAGCUUUUUGUUCCCGCUGGUCAGUGGCUUACCGGGAGUUUCGACCUUAUCAGUCACCUCACCUUAUGGCUAGAUAGUGGUGCAACGAUUCUCGGGUCAACGAGCUCAGAGAAUUGGCCCGUGGUUGAUCCAUUACCAUCAUAUGGACGAGGAAGAGAAUUGCCCGGUAGAAGACACAGAAGUCUUAUCUAUGGUCAGAAUCUCACAGAUGUAGUCAUAACAGAAAUUUUAGGCGAGAACGGGACAAUUGAUGGUCAAGGAAGUGUAUGGUGGGAUUGGUUUAGAAAUGGAGAGCUAAACUAUACAAGACCUCAUCUUGUUGAGCUCAUGAACUCUACUGGUCUGAUCAUCUCCAACCUCACAUUCUUGAAUUCACCGUUUUGGAACAUUCAUCCUGUUUAUUGCAGAGAUGUUGUUGUGAAGAAUCUCACAAUUUUGGCUCCUCUUGAAUCUCCAAAUACAGAUGGAGUUGAUCCAGACUCAUCAACUAAUGUUUGCAUAGAGGAUUGUUACAUAGUUACCAGAGAUGAUUUGGUGUCGAUAAAAACCGGAUGGGAUGAGUACGGAAUAUCCUACGCAAGACCGAGCUCCAAGAUCAAGAUCAAUCGGUUAACAGGUCAAACUACUUCAAGCUCAGGAAUAGCAAUCGGAAGUGAAAUGUCAGGAGGUGUGUCCGAAAUAUAUAUUAAAGACUUACAUUUAUUCAAUUCGAAUACCGGAAUCAGAAUCAAGACUUCUCCGGGAAGAGGCGGGUAUGUUAGAAACGUUCACAUCUUGAACGUGAAGCUCGAUAAUGUAAAGAAAGCGAUUAGAUUCACGGGUAAGUACGGUGAACAUCCUGAUAAAAAUUUUGAUCCCAAAGCACUCCCAGCUAUCGAGAAAAUCACCUUUGAGAAUGUAAAUGGUGAUGGAAUCGGUGUUGCGGGUCUACUUGAAGGUAUAGAAGGAGAUGAGUUUAAGAAUAUAUGUUUCCUUAACGUUACUCUUAGAGUGAAGAAGAAUUCGAAGAAAUCUCCAUGGGAAUGCUCAAAUGUUAGAGGUUAUUCACAGUGGGUUUCGCCAGGAAUUACUUGUGAUUCUUUGAAAGAGAGUAUAUUCCCGGAACAUCGAUCUGAUUGUUUCGGGUUAUCGGAAAAUAAUCUGGAGAUAUCAAGUGGUUUAAGUAGAUCACCAUGGUUACUUUCUUGGUAAAGUUACUGUGAAGUUUUGAACAUGGAAGGGGAAACAACGUUUGCUUGAUUCUGAAGAAACCUCUUCGAUUUCUCCUUACAAAUUUUCUCUUAGAGGUUUCGUUUUUUAAAAGUAAUGCUUUCUUUCAUUUUUUGUUGUUUUCUUGUAAAUUUGUGUGCAGUGAGGGCAAUAAUCAGAGUGGCUUAAGAGUUUCUUUUUCCUUCGUUUUGUUUUUCCAUUUUCUUGUAUGGGCUUUUUAAUGCUUUGGUGAGCGGAACAAGUGUAAUAUCUCCGACGACAGUCUUUUGAAAUUUUUUGACAAUUAUUUUUCAA